AUGUGGGUAUCCUCGUCAAGACUUCGUAUGGCAAUAGCCAAAUCAAAGAAGGUAAAAGAAAAGGGGAAGAAAAGUACAGAUGAUGAUUUUAGGAAGGGAAUCCAUGACACCCACAAGUAUGUCUUUAUGUUGAUUGCAUACUGCAUGGCACCCAUUACCGGUGUUUCUCUGCUUCUCGAAAGCAUCUUCCACUGCGAGAACAUCGCCAACAAGUGUUACUUGUCAUAUAUUAUCACUGGUUCUAUCUCCACCAUGACGUCCCUCAUUUGGCUGCAAAUGGACUUUGCCUCCUGGGUACUUUACUUCUGGAUGCUCAUGCCUAUUCUGGUUCUAUUUGUCCCAGUCAUAUACUUUGGGAACGGACAAAUAGCCAAGAUGAUCUUCAUUCUUCUCUGUGGAAUAGUUGGAAUUCUCGAGGCACCGAUCCUUCAGGCAUCUACAUUUGUGAUAUCAAAGCUAUUCCUAAAUUCUGCAGCUUCAACUCUCUAUUCCGGCUACCCAUUUGGGCUAAUCUCCAUGGGACUGUUCCAGCUAGUCACGGAGUACAUUGUAGGUACCAGCAGUAUACCUCAGAUGAGGUUAUGCGCAACUCUAUGCUAUGGAGUCCAGGCCGUCGUCGGAAUUUUCACAGCCCUCUGGGUCACCUAUCUCUACAUAAAGUAUAACGAGCGUGUCAAAAAGGAGGAAGAGAAAAAGAAGAAGCAAGAGCAGAAGCAAAGCCAGGAAGAGAGUAGUAGCGGGGGUGGAAAAACAAAGGUAAGAUUGCUAGGCAAGGUCAUAGUGGUUGUGCCGUAUUAUUCACCUCGUCUUGUUAUACAGACCGUUGGAACUGUCCUGAGGGUGUUCUUUCAUCCCUGUCUCAUACCGUUCCUCAUAGAUUUGUCUAACAGAGAGAAACUUGUAAUCUCGCUUUCUUUCAUGUUCUUUGACUUUAUAGGCGUAAAUUAUGCCGGAAACUUUGAUGAAACUAUUGACCCAUCUGAAAAGGUUCCCUCUCAAUCUCAUUUUUUAUUUUUAAUCACAAGGGAUUUGACUCUUCAUCUUAUAUGGAUAUCAACUAUUUCCCUGGUCUCAUUUAUCGUCUGGAACAUUUGGACCUGCAAAUUUGAAUUCACCAACUCUUCGUUCUUCCUCCUCCUCUUGGCAUCCAUAAAUGGCUUUAUCGGAGGAAUCUUUACUGGAAGAGGACUAAAUUGUUGCUUUCCCAUUCUAGAAUAUUAUAAUGGACAGGGAGUUAUAGGAGAUGAUAUCAUAAAACUUGACAAUAUCAUUAACGAUAUCGCACUUUCUUUCGAUUACAUCAUGUGCUUUUUAAUGUCUCUAUUCUCCAACAUUACUGAAAGAUUCAUACUCAAUCACAAAAAUUCCAGAGAAUAUAUUCUCAGAAACAACAAGGGCGAUUUAUCAAUCGAAACUGUAAAUGCUCUACUAAUGCAGUUUAAAGGGUCAUUAUAA